CUGUGUUUGUGUGCGGGCGUGUUAGCUUUAACUGUUGGUAAACAAUAUGAAAUUCGCAUAAUGUAUAUAGCGGAAGGUCUCCGUUACUUGUUGGAGGUAGAAAGCUACUCAUUCAGUUAUGCAUAGCAACGGUUUUCGGAAGCUUGUUUACAUUAGCAACCCGAAGAGUGACCUCGUCCUGCAGGAGCCUCAGUGACUACCAACAAUGGCUGCUGCAGUGGAGACAUGCACGCAAGAAGGUGGUCAAGACAUGGACGAACCAGCAAUAGAGCGGGACAUCCGUAACUUUGUAGCAACGAAAACUGGGGAGAGGGUAUACCUGUAUUUAGCCGAGACAUCAACCGUAUCGAUCAGACAUGUCCGCAAAUCUGGAUCAACAGUGCUUGCCAUUUUCUGGAUCAAAGUCCUGCAGCAUCAGAACAACUACCCGAUGCAACAUUUCCCGUACCGAAAGCUGUACGGGAGUGGCAGGUCAGGCGAGGACAGGGUGGUCCUGAGCGUUGAUGGCGUGAAGCUGGCUGUGUUCAUGUUGUCCGGGAUGCUGCAGAUCACGGGGACGUAUGCCUUGGAGUGGUUUGUGGACCGGUUCCGAGGACUUAUGGCUGCCUACACGUCCCCCAUCGAUCACCCACAGCCCCUCAGACCCACCCUCACCGACGCCCAGGAGUCCAGAUGGAAGAGGGAGAAGCAUCACAUGAGAGAACAGUUUAAGGCAAAUUGGCCGGAUGAGGCGCUGAGACAGGAAGUGAAUGUGAUGCAUGAUGGGGAAACUCACAGACAGGAACUGGAGAGGAAGGUCAAACCCCAGCUGCCUGACAUGCUCAGUGACGAACACCAAUACAUUCACUCCGACCCUGAAGUUCUGCCCGAGCUGGAACUAGAGCUGCAGACUGAGAGACUGAGAGCGGGCUGUGUUCUGGAGGGCCAAGUCCUGUACCGGGUAUGGAAGUCACUCCUCAACUCCUGGUUCCAAGAUGAGAAAUGUGUCGUUUAUAUCGUCUCCCCGCGUCUUGACUCCGGCAGACUUGCUGAUAUCUGCCGCUUGUAUCUGAACCACCGCCUCACUGCAACACUUGGGGCACUGUGUGUUCCCAUGCAGUUCAAUGGGGGGAAGCUACCAGACAUCAAGAGAGACGCAAUGCUGAAGUUCCAAGCCAAAGAUCAAUUGCUGAUAGAGUACAAGAUAUAUGACAGUAUUGUGUACCCCCAGAAACAUUAUCAGGCAAAGUUCAUAGCAUGUAUCAAAGACAGCUCAGCCUCUGUUCUCCUGACAACUGCAGAUUUCCAUGGCAGCCAUUUCCUGCAAAGUUGCACGGACACUGCAGUCUACCAGAACAUGCCAGAAGAAGACUUCAUGAUUCGUUACCUUGGGCCCAUCCUAUCCUCUGCAAACUGAGCCUGUCAUAUCCAACCUUGUCUAUCUUGGCAUAUCCUACCUUGUCUAUCCUGUCAAUCCUGUGAUAGCCUACCUUAUGUCUAUUAGAACAUAAUCUACCUGUUCCAUGAUAGCCUUUCUCGAAAUGUCCUUUUGUCCGAAAUGGUUUUUUCCAAUCUCCAGAACUACUAAGCUCUGUAGUUCUGGGUUAAGUAAAUGAAAUCUUUUGUGGAUGUCUCACGUUGUUUUAGAUAUUUUUAUUAUUUGUUUUAACUCAUUUCUACUUUUAUGUAUGUAUAUAUAUAUAUAUAUAUAUAUAUAUAUAUAUAUUUUUAGAACAAUCAGUCAUGAAUAUUUUAUUUGCACCUGACAAUUCAGUAUUAUGGAAUUCUUCCCAAGUCUCCUGUAAUGUUCUGGGUAUAAAUGCAGUAUUUAGUACUGCAUAAUCUCAUUCACCAUCAUAGUAGUUAAUGAGGAAAAAAAUAAUUUAUGUUUAAAAAGUCAGUACUUUAAAAUGAAUUUGUUGUUGUUAACAUUGAGUGUUUCAGUGUGUCUAUAUGUGUUUAAUGUGUUCUAUUUAUAAUUCAUUAUACUUAGAAGACAACUGACGAGAAUGUAUUUGGCUUAAAAAAUAAGAGAAUUGGUUCUCAGGCAAUGACUUUUGAAAAUAUAGAGCGGGCGGGGGUCUGUUUUGUUUUGCUUGUUCAAACUAGGUUGUCUUUUUAUUUUUGCUUGUUAUCUAACUAGUAUGUCUGUUUUUUUGCUUGUUUAUAACUUGUAUGUGACAAAAUAAACAGCUGUGUACCAUCAACCUUGUAAAGGGCCUCCCAACAUAAACAGGCAUACAAACUCAUGACCAAAACACAAGAUGAGCAGGAAAGUAGUUUGCAUGUAUUGGGAGGUAGCUGUGUGCUAUAUUGGAUCACAUUGUUUCUAAGUAUUAGGUUUUGUUUUGUUUUUUUAUUAUGGAAAUAAAAACAAAAUGUGCGGAAGACUUUAUGAUGAUGCGGGCGGUGCCUGAUAACCAGGACUAUUAUUGUUUUCAGUGUUAGAAAGGAAUUAAGUGUUUUUGUCACAGGACACAUACAAUUUGGCUUUAUUCUGGUUAGUUUAGACCAAGCCCAUCAUCCAGUACAAGCAUUACUUUACAUAUAUCAGGAAUCCUACUUUCCCCGAUCAGUAUUACACACAUUUACAUUAUAUCUAUGUAUUUAUGGCUUAUAAACUUGUUUGUGAACUAAAUAAACGUUUUUGAAUACCAA